AUGUCUCAGCUGGAAACUGCGAUGGGCCUGACCAUUGCUGUCUUUGACAAGUAUGCAAAGACCGACGGCAACAGGCAAACCCUCACCAAAGCAGAGCUAAAGACUCUCCUGGAAAAAGAGCUCCCCAACUUCCUCUCGGUAAGAGAACAGUAUUUAUACUACGUACUCAGUAUGCUCAUCAAAAUGGGCCGUAAACAAGAACUACAGAUGAACUCAGAGCAAGCGGGUUUGCAUUUGUAUUUGAUAGUAAAAGAAAGACCUGAAAACGUGGUUUACAAUAUAGAUUU